AUGAUCGCCGGCGAGGUGAGGCACCGGGAGGAAGAGGGCGUUACCGCGAACUCGAUGAGACUGAUCUCGACGUCGCGGGGUUCACCGAGAAGACAGCUCCACGAGUGGCGAAGAAACUGGAGAGAGAAAUCGGGCUCCGGUGAGGCACAGCAAGAGUGUUACUCAAAGAAAAGCGAGAAGGGCACCCACGGCGGCGGCGUCCUCCUGCGAAGCUCGUCGGCGGGGAGGAUAUGGAGGAGGAGAUCGACGCCGGCGGCGGCGGGGUGGAGUUCGGCAAAGGCUUCAGCGGCGGCGGCUGGUGGCGCUGCUAGAGCGGGAGCGGGUCUGCUGGCGAUUUGCGACGUCGUCCUCCCCUGCCGGCCGCUUCGUCCACGGUGCGUCCGCCGUCUACCACCGAAGGUGGAUGGAGAGCAUACCUGGGAGACGGUGGGACUCCUUCUGAGCGGAGACGUAGCCUUCUUCUCGUCAGGGCCGGCAGUGGAGCAGGAGGCAGGCGCCUCCGUUGGAGUCGGCGUGGAGGUCCUCGGCAAGUGGCGCGUACUUGAAGAGGACGUCGUUUUUGUGGAGCGUGUGGGAGGGAAAGAGAAGGAGCAGUAG